AAAAUAUUGAGCGUCGGACAUUCCCUUGAAAAAGGUCGUUGGUCGCGGAAUUGUAGUAGCUUAGUCAUGUCUUCUAUCGGUAGUGGGUAUGACCUUACUGCAUCGCAGUUCUCUCGAGGCGGAAAUGUUUUUCAGAUAGAGUAUGCCUGUAAGGCUGUCGAAAAUAGCGGUACAGCCAUUGCUAUCCAGGGUAAAGACUGUGUAGUUUUUGCUGUGGAGAAUAUUGUCACAUCAAAACUUUACGAGCCCGGUUGUGUUAAACGAAUUUAUAAUAUUGAUGACCAUAUCGGGAUGGUGGUGAUGGGAUUUCAAACUGACGCCAAGGCAAUCGUUGAGGCAGCCAGAGAAGAAUGCUCAAAUUAUCGUAAUAGCUUUGGAAGCCGUAUACCUCUCUAUUCUCUGACGGAACGACUGGCUAUGUACAUGCACGCUCAUACACUUUAUAGUGCGGUCAGACCGUUCGGUGUAUCAGUUUUGCUUGGUUCCUACGAAAACGAUGGUCCUCAUUUGUUCGUGAUAGAGCCUUCCGGGUUGUCUUUUGCUUAUUUUGGUUGUGCUAUUGGGAAAGCCAAACAAAAUGCAACAACUGAAAUAGAAAAACUGAAGAUGAAUGAUUUGUCUCCUGAAGAAUUAAUCAAGGAAGCAGCAAAAAUUUUACUGAUACUUUGGCGCACGUGUAAUUGUUCGAAACAUCUGAGUAUUAGUAAAUAUUCACCCAGCAAACCAAGUCCAUUCAGUUUGUAGCUAAGUAGAAGAAUGUGAAGUACAUCCGACGUUUCGUAGAUCAAUAUAUGUGCCUCUAGAAGGUUGUUGUGUUACCAACUUGUAUCUUUUGACUGUGUGACAGCUGCUCUGAAGAAAGUGUGUAGUACCAGCCUGUAUCUACCUUUUAAGAGACCUUACCUACAUACUCCGAUCGAAAAAUUGUCUUACUGUUUGAGAUGGCACACAGACUGUUCGCUAAAUGAUAAUCACUAAGAACUACGUAGUAAAUAGCGUAUGAUCACUUUGGAUAUAUUCGCAAAAAAAGAUACGAAAGGGUUAAAGUCUGACAAAAAGUAGAAAGGACCACUAAAAUAGUUUAUUUCGUUUUCUUUGACUAAAAAGGAGACAAACGUAUCUAACUUUCACAUACAGAGAAUAGAGUUUGCUCAAAUUCAUAUAGCUCCGGCUACUUGUAGAAGACGAAAUCGAAGCUCGCUGGAAAGGCCAGAAGAUAUACAGCAAACCUAUUUAGAGAUUUUGGUUUUGUCGACAGUAACAGAUCGUUAGGCGUACGUAUUUCGUCCGACCCGUUCCUAGCCGCAAAAGAUGCUCGUUGGCUAAGUUGGUUAGUAGUUCAGUGUAGCUCAAUUCACAGGAGCAGCUGAAUUAAUAAAUGCGACUUGGAGUAGUAAAACCAGCUAACUUACCCUUUGAUUAGCCGAUCACUACUGGUCGACUAGAUAGCAUCCUUGAGAGGCCUAUCUUGUAAUUUCGUUUUUAAUAACAUACAAAUUGACGGGAUAGCAGUGAGACCUUUUUAGGUGUUAUCUUACCUAAUCUCCCUAAACUAUUUUAGUAAAGAACUUUCGAGGGAGUUUAACUGUAUACCUUCUGUGACUCGUUCACUUGUGAAAAGAUUAAAGACAAAUGGCAUUUCCUUGACAUUCUAUUAUACAGAAAAGAUAGGUGUAUCGGUAUUACAGUGUGCUAAGUAGUUUAUGUACGUCUCAAUACAUAUUUCUCAACUUUCAUACUUAUUCCCUGCAAGGGAAACGUAAUCAAAUGUUUUUCACCAAUUUCCGCUUAUUAUACAAAAGAUCAUUAAAACCAAAAGGGAUAUCAAAGUUUUUCCUAAUCGACAGGCGUGGACCAUUGAACCCUGACUUAAAGCUAUUGCAGUUUCCCAAGACCUGGGGCUUCGUUCGAUUCAAUGCCUUUGAUGUGCAUUGCUUGAUUCCGAACUAGGAGUGUCGUUUGUAUAUGAAUGCAUGUAUGAGUUACAGAUUAUUGGCCAAAACGAUAAUAGAUAACUGACACGCAAGAUUACACCCAGAAGAGAAUAUAGAUAACUAACUACACUUAAGAAUUACAGUGAAGUUAAUAGUUGAAGACAGUGAAGUUUACUUGACACCAGUCCAUGAAAAGAUGAAUAUGUUUACAGAGUUGGGAAGAGCUAGCGGCAGGUCUUACUAAUAUCUGCUUAAAGUACUAUCCAUAUUUAUCACAGCGAACUUCGUUAAGUCUUGCCAAUUAGCGUCACAAAUAAACUAAACGACUAUAAGUCUUCUGAUAUUAAUGUGCCUCAAAACAUUUUCCGGAUUAGAAUUGAUGAUGUGGUAAAUCAGUACAGUAAUAUCAUGACUUAGAUUUUAAACUAAAAGGGCACAAUGGUGACAAAAAUUAUUAAGGUCACUCCCAAUGUUAAUCUGUCUUAUUGUGUUGAAUCAAUGGUCACGGUUUUGUUUUUGUAGAAUUUAUACCGUUCACGAUGAAAUCAAGGACAAAAAUUUUGAAUUGGAUCUUAGUUGGGUUGGUGCAAAUACAAAGGGUAUACAUCAACCUGUUCCUCGCAAACUCUUUGAUGAAGCAGAGACAUUCGCCAAACAGGCUUUAGAAGAAGCUGAUGAUUUAGAUGACGAAGUGGAAUAAACUAUGUACAUUUAUUAUUUUCUAAAUAUAAGUUUUCUGAAGCACA